AUGUCUAGGAAAUGCGAGGUUUCUAACAAGGUAUUUUCUACGAAAGGAAAUUUGGUGAGACAUAAAACUAAAGGAACACACACUGGAGACAAACCUUAUGAAUGUGAUGUUUGUAAUAAAAGAUUUUCAAAGUCAAGCUUAUUAACUAGACAUGAAAGAACACACACUGGAGACAAACCUUAUGAAUGUGAUAUUUGUAACAAGAGAUUUUCACAAUCGGGCAAUUUAGCUAGGCAUAAGAAAACAACACAUACUGGAGACAAACCUUAUGAAUGUGAUGUUUGCAACAAAAGAUUUUUGCGAUCAGACGUGUUAGCGGUUCAUAAGAGAACACACACUGGAGACAAACCUUAUGAAUGUGAUGUUUGCAACACAAGAUUUUUGCAGUCAGGCACCUUAGCUUCCCAUAAGAGAACACACACUGGAUACAAACCUUAUGAAUGUGAUAUUUGUACCAAGAGAUUUUCACAAUUGAGCAACUUAACUUCCCAUCAAAACACACACUCUGCAGACAAACCUUAUGAAUGUGAUACUUGUAAGAAGAGAUUUUCACAAUCGAGCAACUUAGCUACCCACAAAAAAACACAUACCUCUGACAAACCUUAUGAAUGUGAUGCUUGCAACAAGAGAUUUUCACAAUCACACAAGUUAACACAACAUAAAGUAUCAGCACACAAGAGAAAUGAGAGUGUUGAGUGCUGUAUCUGCAAGAAAACAUUCACACAACGACAAAGUCUCAGAUGUCACUGGAGAUCACAUUUGAGAAAUGGCUUAUUAUUGUGCCACAACUGUGGCAAAGAAGUUAUUCAAGGACAAAGACAUGCUAAUGAGAUGACUGUGAGAAAUGACUGUGACAAAUGCAACAAACAGUCCCCUGAUAUUGAAAGUUUAUAUCAGCACAAGGCCAAAGACCAUGGUACGUCCUACCAAUGUGAUGUCUGUAAGGAAUUAGAAGCAAGAGAAGCAACUGGUAUUGGCUAUAUAUGUUGUGUCUGUGAUGAUGAGUUUGAAAUUGCCAGCAAACUUGAAGAUCAUAUGA